GGGUUUCCAUAAUAGAGUUUAUCUGUGUUAGCGUGUGAGGACUGAGAACUGAAGAUGGAGGAGCAAUGGGGUCUUUGUAUUCAGGAGGGAAAGUAGGAAACUAGCUCUCCUCCAGCAGAGAGUGAAAGAGCGCAGCAAAGCCGAGAAGACUUGUGGUUGGAAGAAGAGGGUUCAAGUUUCAACUGGGGAGACAUGCUUAGAUCCAUCCCUACAUCAACUAUUCCUUACUUUACGAAAUCCAAAGGAUUAUAAAAAGCAAGUGAAAUAGAUCUUUCAGAGCAUUGUUGAGAUCUUGGAGGAUUUCAUAUAACUUAGAGAUGCUUGGGAAGAUGAGGGAAAUGAUAUAGUGAGGCAAGACAUAACCAAAAGGAUUCUGAUCUAAGUUUUGUUCAUUCAACAUUGUCAACUGUUUGUUGCUUCAUUGGUGUGAUUCCACCGGUUCACAAAUUUCACAAGCAUCUCUAUCUGAGAAUUUGAGCUUGAAUAUGGGCUCUCCACCCCGGUGUGGUAAUGCUAAAUAUUUAGCCCAACAACAAGACCAAGAAUCGUCCUCAAGUCAAUCAACUGAUCAAUCUCACCAUGAUGUGGUGGCUGUUGGGGGAUACAGUCUUCAUGGGCAACGCAUUUCAGCACAAUCAGGAAUUUUUGAAAGUUAUGGAAAGCGAGCGGAAGCUCACAUGAAACCUGUUGUUUCACUGGGAAAUCCUGAUUUUGUCUUCCCUGCUUCGCAAGUUGAUUUCAGCCAGACAUUGGCUCCCAUUCCUUACUCUUAUCCCGAUCCGUAUGUUGGUGGGCUAUUGGCUGCAUAUGGACCACAGGUUAUUAUUCAUCCCCAAAUGGUGGGAAUUGCACCUGCACGAGUUCCACUGCCUCAUGAUCUCACCGAAGAUGAGCCCAUCUAUGUUAAUGCCAAGCAGUACCGUGGCAUCCUCAGACGGAGACAGUCCCGUGCCAAGCUUGAGGCCCAAAACAAACUUAUUAAAGAUCGAAAGCCAUACCUUCAUGAGUCUCGACAUCUUCAUGCAUUGAAAAGGGCUAGGGGAUCUGGUGGACGCUUUCUCAACACGAAGAAGCUCCAGCAAUCCAAUCCUAGGGCAGCCACUGAUGGCAAGGAUGCUUCAGACUCCGGUCAUCUACAUCUGGGAGGAAAUCUAUCUGAGUCUGAAGUAGUACAAUCAGAAAAUGGGAAUGGGGGUGCUUCCAGCACAUCCUGCUCUGAUGCGACAAGUGUUUCAAAUGGUGAUGAAAUCUACCAUCAAUCGGAUAACAGGUUCUUAGUCUACCCUCCACACAUGGGUCAGACCAUUCAAGGUGGAGGGGGCAUGAUGUGUAAUGGAUCACAGCACCGUGUACCUGUCAUGCAUUGAGAUAUCGGGACAGCCACAACCAGAUCAGUGGUUCAUCUGGGAGAAUUCUUGAAUCAUGAUUAACAUCCGACAAAUAACUCCUUCUGGCCUUGUGGUAUUCAUCCCGGCAGUUCAUCCUUGGCUCUGUUACUUUGCUUUUGGUAUUUCAUGCUUGUUGACUAACUUGUUAUAGACACAAAGUAGACAUGGAUAGUGUUACUAACUGGUUUCUUGGAUCUCUGAAAACAAUUGGGCACUUGAAAAAGGACUUGUUUGAAGAUACUGCAGGUAAGUUUAUAUACAUAUUCUCCAGGUUUCAUCCUGGACCUUGUGCAGC